CUGGUCUUGCUCUGCCAUACAAUAAACACCACACGCGCAGCCUUCUCUCCCAAUGGUCGCAUAUCCGGCCUGACAUGUCGUCUCACAUGUCAUGCGUCUCUAUUCGUAGUCACUUGUCCUCUCGAUAUGUGUAUUGAAACCAUCUUCCGUGCCACGUUGCGUAACCUAUUGUCCGAACAACAUUGACCUCCCAUGUUGUCGCCCUCGCUACCAGUACACCUCCAAUCUUAUUGCACGUAACAAUAAUGUCAGAUGCGGAUACCGAACUCAUAGCAUUCGCGAAGGCUAUCUCCAGAGUCUUGGGCUGGACAUACUUCCUCGCCUGGAGCGCAUCAUUCUACCCGCAACCCAUCACAAACUGGCGGCGCAAAUCCACCCUGGGCCUCGCCAUCGACUUCCCCACCUGUAACGUGCUGGGCUUCACAGCAUACACGAUAUCCACCGCGUCGUUCCUCUACUCCCCGACCAUCCAAUCCCAGUAUGCGGCCCGCCACCCGAACGCGCCGGAGACCACAGUGCGCUUCAACGACUUCCUGUUCGCCGCUCACGGAGCCGUUAUGUGCGUCGUCGUCUACUCGCAGUUCUUCCCCGCGAUAUGGGGCUUCAAGGUCGGGAGCAGGCAGAAGGCUAGCCGCGUGGUGCUCGGCGUCUUCUGGGGCUGUCUGCUGAGUAUACUGCUCACGGUGCUCGUGGUCGGGAUACGGGGGCGGGAUUGGGGAUACGACGCUUCAGGGUGGGCGUGGAUAGACGUCAUCUACACCCUCGGCUACGUCAAGCUCCUCACCGUCGUAAUAAAAUACAUCCCGCAAGCCUGGAUAAACUACAAGCGCAAGUCGACGUCCGGCUGGAGCAUCUACACCAUCACGCUCGACUUCUCCGGCGGCAUCAUGAGCCUCGCGCAGGUCAUGAUCGACUCGACGCUGCAGGGCAGCUGGGAGGGCGUCACGGGCAACCCCGUCAAGUUCGGCCUCGGCAACAUCACACUGCUGUUCGACCUCAUCUUCCUGUACCAGCACUACUGGCUGUACAGGAAAGCGCCUGGGACGGCGGACGAGGACGAGGACGAGGACGACGAGGAGUGGGAUGAGAGGAGGAGGUUGUUGCUUAGUAGGCAGAUUUACUAGAUUUGCGAGCGAGUGCUGUGAAUGUGCACUGUUUUUUUUACCCUCGCCGACUUGUCUUCGCCGUUCUCUGUGAUCAACAUGGUCGACAUGUCGUAAGUUGUAGCCCCUCCGUCGCGUGGCAUAGACCCACACAACCAAAUCUAUCAAAGAUCCCCUCCACUCCCCUGCCGAUCAUCCCAAAAAAUUCUCCUCCCGGAAGCUGUCACUUCCGCGACCUAGCAUGUUGUAGUCUCAUAUGUAGAACAUUUCCAUUAAACUCGUUUUGGCGAUCAUUCAAAUCGGCCCGCAUCAUCAUACAUGUCCAGGGGGGAUAAACCAAACACGCACCGCACGCCAUCACAUGCUUGCACAUACUCACGUAGAAAACCUCAAGGAACGUAAAAUCCCCAGUAAAUUCGAGGGAGAAACGCAUGGCAGAG